UGUUUCGCAGUGGAAGGACUUCUGGAUAAGCAGCAUGGCAUUAGGCAAAUCCAGUUCCUCGAUGGUUUCAGCUCCCUGUUGUGAGGUAGAGUUAGAAGAUCCAAUCUCCGUGGCAGAAACCACAGGGUCGAGGACUUUAUACAGAAAAACAGCAGGAAGACCCAACUUAUUUUGGGAAAGCUAUUGGCAAGAUGGGAAUAGGAGCAGAGCGGACGAUAGUUUCCCCAUGGAUGUUGUAAUGGAAGAUGGAAGUAUCUCUUGUAAAAUUGAUGACGUAAUAGAAAAGUUGAAAACCGAAUGUCAAACUCUCCUCAAUGUGAACGACACAGAAAUGAAGGAUUACCACGUCACCAGAGAUGAAGGAAAUAACAUUCUGGACAUACCAAUAUGCGUGUGUGAAUUAGAAUGUCCACUUCACAAAAUGAAAAUGGUAGAGCAACCAGAGAUAACGAGCUACCAGCAGAUACAUUACGUGACAUCGACGUUAGGUAAAGUACCGUCGUGGUGGACUCGGGGAGUGAUUCACCAGAUUCUCAAAUGUAGUACUGCAGACAAGCAAGAGCCCACUUCCUACAGAGGCAUCAUGCUGGCAUCCUCUGUGUAUAAGUUGAGCUGCGGAAUAUUAAACAAACGUUCAUCUACAAGGGCAGAAGAAAAUUCAUUAACGAGGAACAGGACGGCUUCAGAAAGGCCGAAGCACAGUCGACAACAUAUGAACCCUCAAAAGCAUUAUUGAAACGAGAAAGAAAAAGAGACUUUCUACCUUUUUUGCUUUUGUAAUCUUAAAAAAAUAUCCAAAGAAAGACGUCAGAAAACUUAGGUCUACAAGGCAGAGUGUCCCAUGUCAUUUAUAGAAAUCUCUAUGCUCUAUAGUUGAGUACGAGUGAACGGGAUGAAAACAAGCUGGUUUAGAGUAAGCAAUAGUGUGAAACAGGGGCUUUUGCUAUCCCCACUGCUCUUUACUUUGUAUACAAAUGACCUGGCGCUGGCUUAAAAUCUAGGGUUAGAGAUACAAUGUAAUGAAGAAAAUGUGUGAAGCCUUUAUAUGAUGAUGAUAUAGUCCUGAUGGCGAAGAAUGAAGCGGACCUACAAGUGAUGAUUGAAAGUCUUUGAAAGUCAUUUAGGCAAGAAGUAGGCGUUCCCAUGGGCACCAAUUAUGUUCUCCUUCUUGCUGAUCUGUUUAUUUAUGAAUAUGAAUCGGAAUUUGUGUUCGGAUUGGCAAAGUCAAAACAAGGUAAUUUGGCCAGGAAGUUUUACUUAAGUUUCCGGUAGGUGUAUCGAUGAUCUGAUAAUGUUCAAUGACAAUCAAAUAGCCAGUUCCUUUCUACUGAUUUACCCACCCGAACUAGAAAAAGAAGACCAGUGAGACCACCUCAUCUUUGUCAUAUAUAGAUCUAUGCAUACAGAUUCAGGGUGACAAAACUCUCUCAACAAGACUGUAAGACUGUAUGGACUUCAACUUUUCCAUAGUCAACUUUCCCUUCAU